AUGCGAAACGAGGUCUCCCUCCAGAAGUACAGGGGACAGGUGACUCUGGUGGUAAACGUUGCCAGCCAGUGCGGCUACACAGAUCUCAACUAUAGAGAACUGGUCGAACUGCAGGACGAGUUUUCAAGAGAAGGGUUUACAGUCCUAGCGUUCCCCUGCAACCAGUUUGGAGAACAAGAGCCUGGGUCGAUGGCUGAAAUAACCGAAUUCACCCGAAGCUACGGAAUAAAUUUCCCACUCUUCUCCAAGGUCGACGUCUCGGGAAGAGACGCGAGUGCCGUGUACUCAUUUCUGCACGAGUCUACGCGAACGCUGCCCCAGUGGAAUUUUGGGAAAUACCUGGUGGGACAGAAGUGGGGCCGUGAGGCAAUACUUUUCGGAGAAGGGAGAUUUUUCCGCCAUUCGCCAGGCCGUCAGAUACUUGCUGGACAAACCACGCAUGGAACUAUAACAAGACAGCCACUAUAA